AAUGCCGUUCAUGGAAAGAUUCGAGCAGUUUGCAUUUGACUUUCGGAAUGGCUGUUUACGGUUUAGCGGUCACUGUGUUGGUCCUCUUGCUCCUCAGAGCAGCCGCCGCUUGGGAGACCAGUGGACGGAUUGUGGGCGGAAGUGAGCAGGUCAUUCGCAACGCCCCCUGGCAGGUGUCCAUUCAGAUCAGUGCCCGUCACGAGUGCGGCGGAGUCAUCUACAGCAAGGAGAUCGUCAUCACGGCCGGUCACUGUCUGUCCGGGAAGUCCGUGACCCUGAUGAAGGUGCGUGUGGGCGCCCAGAAUCACAACUACGGCGGCACUUUGGUUCCCGUGGCGGCCUACAAGGUCCACGAGCAGUUUGAGGAGCGUUUCCUUCACUACGACAUCGCCGUCCUCCGGCUGUCCACUCCACUGACCUUUGGCCUCUCCACCAGAGCCAUCAACCUGGCCAAGGAGAGUCCACUGGGCGGAUCGACGGCCACGGUCACGGGCUGGGGUUACACGGAGAAUGGCGCCUAUGCGGAUACCCUGCAAAAGGCCCAGCUGCAGAUCAUCGAUCGUGGGGAUUGCGCCUCCCAAAAGUUCGGAUACGGCGCUGAUUUUGUGGGCGAGGAAACUAUCUGUGCUGCGAACGGGGAGGCGGAUGCCUGCACCGGCGACUCUGGAGGUCCUUUGGUGGCCAACAGCCAGCUGGUGGGCAUCGUAUCCUGGGGCUAUCGCUGCGCCGAUGAAAACUAUCCCGGUGUCUAUGCAAAUAUAGCUGUGCUGCGACCCUGGAUAGUCAAGGCAGCCAAUGCCAUAUGAACGGGUUUUGUGAAAUAAAAAUAAAAGGCAUUCUUAAAAACAAUAUAAACACAAACUUAGUAAAUCGCCCCCCAGGUGGAAUCGAACCACUUCGACGCUAAUCGACUACGGAUUUGAAGUCCGCACCCCGGACCACCGAAGAUCAGUGGGGCAUCAGUUCUCAUACAAACUUCCCUAUUUAUACGCACGCUGUGCAGAAAAAUCACUUGGGAA